CGGCCCCUCUAUUCCGUAGCAUUCCUGUAGCCACUACAAGUAUUAUUUACCUUUCUCCCAACCCAACCCAACCCAAUCCAAUCCCUUUAAUACAGUCAAUUCAAAUCAAUCAAACCCUUUCAAUCCUCUAAAACCGCCACAAUGUCUCCAAUGGCAGUCGAAACUACUACUACCACCACAACCAUCACCGCAAAAACCCAUCCGGAUCUCCUUUACGUCCAUCGCAGUCCCAAAGCCUUCGCCAGUUCUGCCAUCUCCCAAACCGACCUCCCCGCUGGUGCUGUCUUCACCAAAAUCACCACCGCGACCCCAGCCCCCAAAGCCUACACCUCCGUGCAAACCGGCGCCGACACCCACAUCGAACUCAAUUCCGACCUCGUCUUCAUCAACCACUCCUGCACGCCGUCGCUGGUCUUUGAUAUGCACAACAUGGAGGUCCGGGUUGUGGACGAGCGGCCGCUGAACAAGGGCGAUACGCUUACCUUCUUUUAUCCGAGUACGGAGUGGGAUAUGGACCAGCCGUUUGAGUGUGCCUGUGGUGCGGGGGAGGGGAAGUGUUUGGGACGGAUUUCGGGGGCUAAGGAUAUGAGUGAUGAGCAAUUGAAGGGGUUCUGGUUGAAUCCGCAUAUUGAGGAACUGAAGAGGGGCCAGCGUGUAUAAUUUUUUUUUUUUUUAAGAUAUUAGACUGCAUUUAGGCAUUCAACAUGUAAAAUAUAUGGCUGCUAGAACGGAGUUGGUGUGAGAUGCGUCA